AUGGUGAACUUCUUUCAAGAAUUCGACACCGAACCCAAGACGUACGAGAUGCUGAUCGACUCCUUUCGCCUACGCUGCGACGACGACUAUGCCUACGGCGGGCACUACCAUGGCAUCUACGGGCAGCACCCCGCGCUCCCUGUCUUCCGCGACUUCCUCACUCGUGCCAAAGUGGCGGGGAUGUUGCCCCGAUGGUGGAACGAGGACAAGGAGAGCGCGUGCGUGCGUAUGGCCGUCGAGGACGAGCACUUCAACAUCGAAUUCGCGGUCGAGAAGCACGACAUUAUCGAGCACUACAAAGACCGCUUCAUGCCCAUGAGGCUGCGUAUGGCGGCCGAGAACGUGUACGGCGGCGGGUACGGGUUGGGCCAGCGAUCGAUGCCAGAGGACUACGAGUGCCAGUGUCGAAUGGACUGGAGGUGA